AUGAAACGGCUCGUCGCGGUCUUUCUCGUCAUCUGCUGGGUCUGCUUCGAAAUUUACAAUUUAGACGAGGAGGACCUACAAUCCAAGAUCUUCGGGGAAUUCGUCGCUCGCCACAUCAACAAUUUUACUACGUGCGUUUUUUUAUUAGUCCCAAUCAACUACUAAAAUUUUUGAAUGAUUUCUCGCAUUCAUAGAAAUAUUCAAAAAGUACUGUAUGUGGAAUUCCGCCAUUUGGAGUCUGCGUAUUAUCUUUUUUUUUAAAAAAGUGGAAAGCCUUUUAAAAAGCUGUUUGAGUGUCUUUUUUUCCAACUCAUUUUCAACCUUUACCGUAACUGUUAGCAGCAAUAAAUAUUUUUUUAAGACGGUUUAAAUUUAUUUCAAUAAAAAAAGUUGGUUUUUUUGAAUAUUACCCGUUAUGAUAUUGAAGAAAAAAAUGAGCAGUCAAUUACUGUUUAACUUCUUUAGUUUAUAGAACUUAUUUUUUCUUCAUCAAAAUAAAAAAAAUUCCGGAAGUAUGUUAAUUUUUGUCUGGGGAGCAUGCACAAGAAACAUCAUAUUUGACGGGUGCCGUACGUAGCUCUGGAAACGCCAUGUUUUAAUUUUUAACAAGUUUUCUCCCCUUGCAGGAAGAUUAAUGGCGUGAUUGGCGUUCCCGAGCAGUCGACAGGAGGGACCUUCCCUGUUGACGCUCACGUCCACUUCCUCUUCCGAAACGAGCAAUGUUUCAUGGAUAUCUACGCGGAAAUCAACGCGACGACGUGUGAGCUGGUCAGAAGGCCCAACGAAGCUCCGACGGCCGGUCUCAAAACUUUGAUGUCGUGCCCCGGCCUCAGACUCGCAAAAGAUAUCAAUGUCACCGAAUGGGUGGACAACAGCUUCAACUUCACCGAAGGCGAGAUAAGGGACUUCGUGAAUGACAAGGUCUCCGGUCGACUCGACUUCGAAUCUUUCGCCUCACUUCACAAAGUUCGUCCCGGCGGCACUAAGGCAAGUCUUAAGAAACGAAUCUUUUCGUUUUUUUCCCUUUGAUUUUUCAAAGCAUUUUUCGAUUCCGUGAAACUCAAAUCCCACUGAAUGUAUCUUUCCAGCAUUUCUGAUUUAGAUAUGGUAAAGCUCAAGUACCGUCUUUAAACACGGAAUAAUUCAUGAGUUAACAUUUCCAAAGUCCACAGUUUUCCCACGUAGUGAAGAUCUUAAUUCAGACCUUUGUUAUCGAAGGACUUUUUUCAGAAACUUCUGUUCUAUGCAACUUUGCCGUCCGUCCAGUUCGUAAACGGAUUUGUUUCGGUGAAAUCAAUCGAGAUUGGUUGGUUAUUUUUCCCAAUUUUUUUUUUCAAGAAAGUUCUCAAAACGAAUCUUAAUUUUCACUUUCAGUGAUUGGAAAUAGCGAGUCCGACGGGAGACCGACCUCAUCGAAGUGGUAUCUGCUCAAUAUUUUGUCUAUUAUUUUAACUUUGGCGUUCUUCUCCCGCAAGGGAUAUUUACGUUAUCGCAACCGUAUCUUCCAAAGAAUCGCACCAUAA